CUCGGGUUGCCUACAUUUAAAAGUUCAACGACAUAUUUUUGGCCUAUCCUUGUAAACAUUCAUGAAUUGAACCAACUAAUGUCACCAUUGAUAGUCGGCAUCUUCUCUGGAGAAUCUAAACCAAAAGAUGUAAAUGCUUUUUUAUCCUCAUUCGUUGAGGAGUUGAAUGAGAUUCUUCAAAAUGGACUCAAAAUUGAAAAAGUUACAGUGGCAGUUAAAGUUCGAUGCUUUAUAUGUGACACACCAGCACGGUCAAUGCUCCGAGGUCUUAGAAACGACAAGGAAUUUCGCUCGAGAGUUUAUGACGGUCAUCAUAAAUUCGACAGUAUUCUUGAAAAAAUUAAUAGGGUAGAUAUGGUGAAAGACUUUCCAAUCGGUGAUGCACUACAUCUGAUUGAUUUGGGAAUAACGAAACGUUUACUGAAUGGUUGGAAGUCAGGCACUCUUAAUAACCAUAAAGCAAAAUGGUCAGGAAAACAAUUGGACGAUAUUUCAUUGUUUUUGAAGUCAUGCAAACUACCUCGUGAGUUUCAACGGCUGGUACGCGGACUGAAACACAUUCCUCGUUGGAAAGGCACAGAAUUCCGAACUUUUCUGUUAUAUCUGAGUGUCAUAGUAUUGAAAAAGUUUUUCACCAGUGAAAAAAUUCUAGAUCAUUUCCUGAAUUUCUAUUGCGCGAUCCAAAUUUGCAUAAGAAAAAAUCCUUAA